AUGAGAACGUUGAACCUGAGCGAGAGGGACGCUGAUGACUUGGAAAAUAUUGUCAUGAAAAUAAACUCCUUCAACCUGAUCCUAAAGGUUCCAAACGAUGCUGUAACUGUAUCUAAUAGUCAAAAUGGGCCAACGAUUAGUAUACAGACAACACAAGAAACAAAAGGUGACUAUAUUGAGGACAACAUAUCGCUUCCACCUCUGGAUAAUAGAACCACAUCAACAAGGAGUCGAGAUGAUACACCAACAUCACAAUUUUCAAGCUCUGAAAAGGCUUUAACUCCUCUAGACCAAAUCAACCUCAAAGCCACAACUCUAUCCUCUAUAAUAAACAGAGUUCCUAUGCAAAAUAAGCAACCCAGUAUUGAAAACUUUUACGUAAAACAACAAAGUCUUUCUCAACUCUCUGCAGAAUCUCCGCUAACAACUUACGCAAGGGGCAAACGAACCAAAACUAGCAUUCAGACAAAAAGAACCACAAAGGGAAUUUGUAAAUCUACAAAGCCAGCUGAUGUCAAGAAAGGGACCAAAGAAACUGUAAAGAGAGUGGUAAAGGAGAAUGUAAGCAGAGUAGUGAAGGAAAAAAUAAGGGGGAACAAGAAAGAAAAGGUACCUUUGAUACUAUCGUUUAGCGGUAAAAGAAGUAACAAUAUCAUCGAAAGGUGUACUCUGGCCUCAAUCUACUAUGAAAAGGGUCACCAGUACUUUGAUUUUAUAAAUAGACCCAGCGAUGAGGAAAUUGUUACACACCUAAUUGUUCCGCAUGAUACAGAGAGACCUACUCUGAAGAUUCUCUAUGCACUUUGUCAAGGUUCAUUUGUUCUGACUACAGACUUUUUAAUAAAAGCUGAGGAAGAUGAAAAAUGGCCCGCAGAAUCAGAUUAUGAGCAUCCAAAUUGGCUCAGAAAAACUGAAAGAAUAAAAAAGGGAGAUUUUCUCUACGGCUACAAGUUUUAUCUCUAUGAACGUUUUAAAAAGAUGAAUCACAUGGACGUUAUAAAUUUGAUUCAACUCUGUGGAGGGAAAGUAGUAAACGAAUUGCAAAAAUGUACUCACUGCAUAAUAAAGGAGAACCCAGAUGUCAAACUCCUCAACAAACCGUCACUUCCCCAAAAUGCCGUUCUUGUCACUGAGAAUUGGCUCAUUAAUGUUUUGGAAAGAUUCGAUGCCGAGUUACCUCCAGAUAUACCUCAGCCUCAAGACUCUGAAUAUAACACAAAUGUCAAAAUUGUGAGAAGGAACAUUGAAAACUUUGAUCCAGUUUUAAAAAAUGGCUCCAUAAUCGAGAGUCAAAAUUCAAUCGUCAAUACACAAAGCUCGAUUUUCGGGAGAAAGUACGACUCACAAAAUAUAAGAGCCUGCUCCACGACGGAUACUCUAAGGCUAUAA